GGCGGCAAGAAGCCAAGAACCAAACCAGUCGUAAUCGUAAUCGAGUAGCCUGAUCUCUCGGGAAGGAAAGCCAAAGCGGCGGUCCAUCAGACCCACCUCCCAGUCUUUCGCCAUCUUCCCGGCGAGCAAGGCAAGAAUCCCGCAGCGCGAGGGCUCGCAGUUCCGGAUGGCCGCCGCCGCGUCUUCGUUGGUGAGGCGUGCCGCCGCCGCCGCUUCCCGCGGCCUGCUCCACGCCCGCGCCUUCGCCUCGGGCGGCGGCGGCGAGACGGCCAAGCGGGUGCUGGUGCCGGUUGCCGCCGGCACCGAGCCGAUCGAGGCGGCGGCCACCGCUGACGUCCUCAACCGUGCCGGCGCGCGGGUCACGGUCGCCACCGCCGACCCGGCGGGGGACGAUGGCCUCGUCGUGGAGGCCGCCUACGGGGUCAAGCUCGUCGCCGACGGCCGCGUCGCCGACCUGGAGGGCGAGGCCUUUGACCUCAUCGCCCUGCCGGGAGGAAUGCCGGGAUCAGUUAACCUUAGAGAUUGCAAAGCACUCGAGAAGAUGGUCAAGAACCAUGCCGAUAAUGGGGGCCUCUAUGGUGCCAUCUGCGCUGCGCCCGCGGUGACUCUGGCUUAUUGGGGAAUGCUGAAAGGCUUAAAGGCAACCUGUUAUCCAUCAUUCAUGGAGAAGUUCACUGCAGAGGUGAUCCCUGUGAACUCAAGGGUGGUGGUGGAUCGGAAUGCCGUGACCAGCCAGGGUCCAGGAACAGCAAUUGAGUUUGCUCUCGCUUUGGUGGAGCGGCUAUAUGGCAAAGAGAAGAUGGAGGAGGUUGCUGGGCCUUUGUAUGUGCAUCCUCAACAUGGAGUUGAAUAUACCAUAGAAGAGCUUAAUUCAGUUGAAUGGAAGUGCAGUGAUACACCUCAGGUUCUUGUGCCAGUUGCUAAUGGCUCGGAGGAAAUGGAAGCUAUCAAUUUGAUAGAUGUGUUGCGUAGAGCAGGAGUAAAUGUUACUGUUGCAUCAGUGGAGGAAAAGUUACAAAUUGUGACCCGUCGCCACAAGUUUAAUCUAAUAGCUGAUAUGAUGUUGGAUGAAGCUUCUGAAAUGCAAUUUGAUUUGAUAGUCAUGCCGGGUGGUCUGCAGGGUGCUCAGAAGUUUGCUAGUACAAAGAAACUUGUUGACUUACUCAAAAAACAAGCAGAAUCAAAUAAACCAUAUGGUGCAAUAUGUGCCUCUCCUGCCCAUGUCCUUGAACCCCACGGUUUACUGAAGGGCAAGAAGGCAACAGCAUUUCCACCCAUGUCACACCUGCUCACAGAUCAGAGUGCAUGUGAUCAAAGAGUUGUUGUCGACGGUAACCUUAUCACUAGUCAAGCCCCAGGAACUGCAACAGAAUUUUCGCUAGCCAUUGUUGAGAAGCUGCUUGGUGGAGAUAAAGCCAUCAGCAUAGCAAAGGAGUUGAUCUUUAUGUGAUUUUACACUGAUCUGGCAGUAUGGACUGUACAAUCAUGUGGAUAAACAUGUCGGAAUCUGUUAGUGAUACUUCUAUCUAUAUGCGUAGACCGGUAGGAGCUGCCUGAGCACUCCAAUUCAGUAGUACUGUUACAUCACACUGUAAACUGCAAGCCAGGAACAUACAUCAUGGGAAAAUAUUCGAAAGGUUACUGUGCAGUUCUUUUACUUAACAAAGGAAGAGGAUAUGAAGAACAACUUGUAAUUACUUCUGUGAUUCUGUCAGAUCAAAGAAACUUGAUGUGGAGUUGCAUGCCAUCCCACCUUUCACCUGCUCUGGUCAUCAUGGAUCACUGCGUAGAUUGCAGCCUGAUCCAGUGUCUGCUAUGGGUUUGGACUCUCAAAUACUGGGAAGCUGUUUGCUUGAUCGAUAGCAAGUGCUCUACAGUGCCAGCAAUCUGGUCUUCAUGUCAUAGUAAACUGUAUGUAUAAGCUAUCGCUUUUAUAAGCAUACUCUUUUCUAUUUCAGUUCUUUUGUUUUUGUGAAUGCUUGAGAUCUCGGAUUCAGAUAGAAAAGACUAGGGAAUGAAUAUGUUUAUAGAAUCAAAUAAAGCAUUCUAUGCAGCGCAUUUCUGGUUUUGGAA